AUGUCUGAUCAAAAGACUUCCGCUCUGACCGCUCGGGAGACCGAGCUGGCCGUCCUGGCCUGGCGCGCGAUCAAGGACGUGCAGAUUGACUACGAGAAGCUGGCCGAGGUGGCCGGCUUCAAGUCCGCCAAUUCGGCCCGUGCUUGCUUCGGAGCUACCAAGAAGAAGCUGCUGGCCGAGAACAAUACGAUCAGUCCUGCCACCCCUUCUGGCGAUCGCGGCAAGCGCGCGGGUGUUGACCACGGUAACGACAACCCCACUCCUACCAAGAAGCCUCGUGCCAGUCGCACCAAGAAGGCACAGGCUCCCGCCAAGGAGCUUUCCCCUGUCGACGACCUGGACGUCUAG